CCACCAUGAAGCUCCUGCUGCUGACUUUGGCCGCGCUGCUGCUCUUGUCCCAGCUCACUCCAGGUGAUGCUCAAAAAUGCUGGAAUCUCCAUGGCAAGUGCCGCCAUCGAUGCUCCCGCAAGGAGAGCGUCUACGUCUACUGCACCAACGGGAAGAUGUGCUGUGUGAAGCCCAAGUACCAGCCCAAGCCCAAGUCCUGGAUGUUCUAGGUGCCUGGAAACCUGAAGCCCAGAUGGCGACACAGCUGGCAAAGCGUCCUAGGCUGACCCCAUGGAUUCUUCAGCUCAGUCAAUAAAUGCACCU